UUACAGGUAGGCGACAGAUAUCGGACAACAAAAUGGCGUCCUUAUGGAAAUAGGCCACUACAAUGGACGCGACAUAAUGCAAGGUGUCCUCGAAAUACUGAGAUAAUCUGGAGACUAGUAUGCGACUGAGAUGUGGUAUUUGUCGUUGAAUGUUGAUGAGGCAAGAUACAAAAUGACUGCAACACUAUUACUGCUGUUGAUGUUCCUGGAGGCUGCUCAAGCCAGCUCAGCCAGAAGUUCAUAUACCAUGGACAAGUCAGCUGACUGCAGCUUUGCUGGCUUCCUGGACGUAGAAACUGACACGACCGUGCAGAUUAUUGGUAAAACAAGCGGUGCCUCAUCGUCCGUCAUGGCGUGCACGCUACAGUUCCGGGUGGCGGAUGACAGAGACCACUUUGAUCUGAGUAUUGGCAACUUCCAGAUGGAUGACUGUGAUGUGGUUCUCUUCGUCAGUCUUGAGGGCACUUCAACUGGGAGCUCCAGCUACACCUGUGGGACGCCACAGCCUGGUUCCAUGAUGUCAUCAACAGGAAGAGCAACACUACGUCUGGAGCGGAGAAACAUCAACAGCAACAACUAUGCCUUCACACUGAACCUUAGAGCUUACAAACUUUCAGCUGAACAAGGCUACAAUGAAAAUGAUUCCAGCCCUAUGGCAGUGGGCAUGGUGGUUGGAAUUGUGGGUGGAAUCGUUGUGUUCUUAGUCUUCCUUGCCAUCCUCGUCGUGUGCUGUUACCGCCGCAAGCGUCAGAUCGAGCGGGAAGAGGAGUACAAGCAGAAUCUGGAAAACCAUUCCAACACAACAUAUGGCUAUGAUAAUGAUGCCCGUAAUGGAGACACCACAUAUAAUGACACACCAGGUUCCAACAAGAAGCUGUUGCUCAGUGAAAAUGACGAGUAUAUCAAUAAACGUGGUUAUAAAGAUAACUAUAAAGUGGAUAAUGAGGCUGACAGUUCCAAUAGCUCUGGAGAACGAAAAGCUCCCCUCAUUGAAAGUUAUUCCACGAGCCCUAAGAAAUCCAUGUCAUUUGAUUAUGAUGAUGUGCGAAAAGGAAUGUGCCCAAGAAGGAGGAACCUGCUUCUGAUGGACCUAAGUCUCCUAUUCUUAGUGCACUGCACAGUAAUGCUAAGUUCAGGGCAACUUUUGCAGCUACUGAAGCUGAAGCUGACGAGAGAGCUAAGAGGAUUUCCUCGUACAGUUCUGGACAAGACUCUGUUACUGAGACAUCUUCUGUUGAUGAACCAGUUGCCACCAACUCCAGAACCAAAAACAAUUCUAACAACACCCAGAAGAAGGGGAUCCCACCGCCACCUCCUCUUCCCUUUGUGCCAAAGUCACCUGAACGUAAGCGUUCAGCAUUUGCCAGCAUCCGCCGAGCUCCCAGGCCGUCGUCAUCUUCAGAGGAGAUCCAGCAGAUCGAACGUGGUGACCUUGAUGACCGUGAUAUCAGGGUCAUGGGGCAAGAGUCCGAAGGAGAAGAGAAAACAGGGUGAAACUGGAGUGAAACAUCCCAAAUAUGAUGCUUAUGAUCAAGAGAGCCUGGCUCCGGAGUCAGAGAAGGGAAGAAGACCAGCAGGAGGAUUCCAGAAAAAUAGUGGUCUUCGAAAAUCCUCCCGAAAAUCUCCCAGGAUUGGGCGGGCAUCAAGGCCUUCAACAGGGUCUAUCCUUGAUGACAAUGAAUCAAUUGGACGGCCAGAAACGCCAACCAGUCAGAUCUCUCGCUUCAGGGAUGAUGACCUAGAUUCCAAUUAUCAACCACUGAAGCGAUCAGCAUCUCGACAGUCACUGUACGCCUCAAGGUCAUCUUUGUAUGGUCGUCGUGGGAGACGCGAAAGAAGUAGCUCCAUUGGAGAGUCUGUCAUGUCGUACAUGCAUGAUGACAUAGAUGCCUACUCAGAUGAUGACUUUGAUAGCCGCCGAGUGUCCAGAAAGGAGUCUCUGAGAAAGGGCUACAGACAUUACGUGAGACAGGUUCUCAGACGAGGAAUGGUAAGGUUGUUGCUCCCAAGAAAGGAACUGCUAGGAAGGCUGCAGCCCGGAAACAAAGUACUUCCUCUACAGCCUCCAAGAAACCCAGAGCCAAGAAGUCUGUUUCAAAGGAUGAAGAAGAGAAAGAUGAACGCUCCGAACCUACCACCCCGAAAACAAAAACGAAAUCAGCAGCUGAUAAACCUAAACCUCAGCCUAAACCUAAACCCGCUCCAAGGAAAAGCGCUAAGUGCUAAAAAUCAGCCUGACCGUGAGGCUGCCGGUGAUCCCGUGUCUCACGCACAGACUGGCCAGCCAGAGACCCCAGCAUUUACAGCAGCAAGUGGCAUGCCUUACCCUGGCCAGAUGGUCCCCGGGGGUCCAAUGCCUUACCCAGGUCAGCCUCAUUAUAUCCCACCAGGGGGGAUGCCGAUGAUGCAGCCCUACCCCGGGGCCAUGAUGCCUGGGGGUCAGCCUGUCCCACCAGUGAUGUAUGCACCAGUUCCUAGGAUGCCAGCAGCAGCAGCCCCUCCUCAACAUCCUCCACAAGCUCCACCUGGCCAGCCAGGGAAGUCCGGCAAAUCGAGCUGGGACAUUUUGUGUGCUAUAACUGACCACGAGAGGAAUUCAGACAACACAGAAUCGGCGUCGGUCACUGGUUCUGUGUUCAGCCAUCAGCAGCCACAACAACCAAAUCCAUAUUCCGGAGUUCAGUAUCCACCUGGGGGUGUUCAGUAUCCACCCGGAGGAGUUCAGUACGUCCCCCAAGGCUAUGCCCCACCUGGGACCUACAUGCCCCAACCUUACAUGCAGCCUCCAGGUGCUGUGUCAGACUAUGGCAGUGUGGUUGGAAGUGGCCAGUACCCCCACUCUGCAGCCUCCUCCAGCAGCUCUGACUCUGGGGGAAAGAUCAAGUUUGUCCCACCACCAGACAAAUCCUUCCCCAGACAGGCAUCAUGGGAAGUGCUUAACGACAUGGCGAAAUCGGAAAAAAGUGGACCAAAGUCGAACAAGACUGAGAGUAUAGUGUGAUCAGGGAUAACAAUUUAAUGAUUUUAUUUAAUGAUAAUGAUGAUUGAAAUGAUCAUUAUUACAUCCAUGUUUAGAUUCCUUGGAUGUCUAAUUCUCCUGGCUGAUGAUUCCCAUUGGGAUACAAGGACACCAGGUCAUCAUUUGAAUCACAUUGGACCACUUAUAUAUUUUAACAGGUACACAAGUAGUUAGGUCAUCUAAAGCACCACAAUACAGCAAACUGAACCAGUGCCAGAAUCAAAGGAUAUCAUCGAUCCUAGGUUUGUCAGUACCAUACCUGAACUAAAGUUUCACUAAACCAUUGAAAUCUCCAUCUUAUUGGCAUUCCUUCUAACUUAAGCUGACAUAUUGAAAACACAACUGAAGAACUCUUCAAAAGCAAAAUAAGUUCAAUUGUCCAUUCCUUCACUUGACCCGAUGAGUAACCAUGGUUACAUUAAACUUUUAUACAGAGA